AUGUCGAAUGAGUGCAUAGUUUGUCCAGAUGAAAUUAGAUGGUUUUGGUUCUAUCGGAAGGACAAGCUUUAUGAUACAUGCAUUCAAGCAACUGUAAAUAUUGAAAAUGAUUUAAAGGUGGCAAAAGUGAUAAAGGAAAUAUCACUGGACAAACAAAACUGGUCGGAUAGCUCAAUUUUUACAGAUGAAGGAGCCCGACUUGAAAUUAUCGAUAGUAAUAAUGAUCAUAAUCAUAGAAAUAUUAUUUCAAGUUCAAGUUGUAAUGUAAAAAUGCAUUUAAUCAAACUCGAAGAUAUCACUGGAAUUAGACAAAUUACUUCACGUAUUAAUAAUUUGUCUUAUGGUCUUGACUUGAACUUUGUUGAUCCUGCAGCAGUUACUCAAAAGGUAAUUUCUGGUGUAUAUCAAGGUGUCACCACUGUUGAACUUGAUUUAUUGGCUGCAGAAACUGCUGCUUAUAUGACAACUAAGCAUCCUGAUUAUGCUGUUUUGGCUGCUCGUAUUUCAGUAUCUAACCUACAUAAAGAAACCAAAAAACAAUUCUCUUCUGUCAUUGAAGAUUUAUAUAAAUAUGUUAAUCCAAAAACAGGGAAAAAUUCACCAAUGAUUUCAAAAGAAACUUAUAAUAUUGUAAUGAAAAAUUCUGCAAUACUUAAUUCUGCAAUUAUAUAUAACAGAGAUUACAAUUACAAUUAUUUUGGUUUUAAAACACUUGAAAGAUCUUAUUUGAUGAAGAUUGGUGGAAAAAUUGUUGAACGUCCACAACACAUGUUAAUGAGAGUUUCUAUUGGUAUUCAUGGUGAGGAUACUGAUGCUGCAAUAGAAACUUACAAUCUAAUGUCAGAAAAAUAUUUUACUCAUGCAUCACCUACUCUAUUCAAUGCUGGAACUCCUCAUCCACAACUUUCCAGUUGUUUUCUACUCACCAUGAAUGAUGAUUCCAUUGAAGGAAUUUAUGAUACUCUGAAAAGAUGUGCAGUGAUUUCUAAAUCUGCUGGUGGUAUUGGUAUAAGUGUACAUGGUAUUCGUUCUACUGGUUCAUAUAUUGCUGGAACAAAUGGCCAAUCAAAUGGAAUUGUUCCCAUGCUUCGUGUAUUUAAUAAUACUGCAAGAUAUGUAGAUCAAGGUGGUAAUAAAAGACCUGGUGCCUUUGCCAUCUAUUUAGAACCUUGGCAUCCUGAUAUCUUUGAAUUCUUGGAUUUAAAAAAGAAUACUGGAAAAGAAGAAGUUCGUGCUCGUGAUUUGUUCUAUGCACUUUGGAUUCCUGAUCUUUUCAUGAAAAGAGUUGAGGCUGAUGCUAAUUGGAGUUUAUUUGAUCCAGCAGAAGCACCUGGAUUAAUGGAUAAAUUAUAUGAAUCAUAUGAACAAAAAGGUCUUGCACGCAAAGCUGUAAAAGCCCAAAAACUAUGGCUUGCAAUUUUGGAUUCACAAAUCGAAACUGGUACACCAUACAUGCUUUAUAAAGAUUCAUGUAAUGGUAAAUCUAAUCAACAAAAUCUUGGAACAAUCAAAUCCAGUAAUUUGUGCACAGAGAUUAUUGAAUAUUCUAGUCCUGAUGAAGUUGCUGUAUGUAAUUUGGCUAGUAUUGCGUUACCAAUGUUUGUAGAAAAUAAGGAUGAAUACAAUUUUAAACAAUUACAUGAGGUGACAAAAGUUAUAACACGUAACCUAAAUAAAAUUAUUGAUAUAAAUUUUUAUCCAGUUGAAGAAGCAAAGAGAUCAAACCUUCGUCAUAGGCCUAUUGGUAUAGGCGUUCAAGGACUUGCUGAUGCAUUUCUUUCGAUGAGACUUCCUUUUGAUUCAACAGAAGCCAGAGAUUUGAACAAAAAAAUUUUUGAAACAAUUUAUCAUGGAGCUUUAGAAGCAUCAUGUGAGCUGGCAAAGGAGAAUGGUACAUAUGAAACUUAUAAAGGAUCACCAGUAUCUAAAGGAAUUCUCCAAUAUGAGAUGUGGGAUAAAGUGACCCCUUCAGAUUUAUGGGAUUGGAAUUCUUUGAAACAACAAAUAGCAGAACAUGGAGUUCGUAAUUCAUUAUUAUUAGCUCCAAUGCCUACUGCCUCUACUUCACAAAUCCUUGGAUUUAACGAAUGUUUUGAACCAUACACUAGCAAUAUUUAUACUAGACGUGUAUUAGCAGGUGAAUUCCAGAUAGUGAAUCCUUGGCUAUUAAAGGAUUUGAUAGAUUUGAACUUGUGGAAUGACAAUAUGAAAAACAGAAUUAUUGCGGAUAAUGGAAGCAUACAGAAAAUCCAGGGAAUUCCUGACGAGUUAAAAGCAUUAUUUAAAACGACAUGGGAAUUAUCACAAAGAGUUAUCAUUGAUAUGGCAGCUGAUCGUGGUGCUUUCAUUGAUCAGUCUCAAAGUUUAAAUAUUCAUAUUGCCGAACCAACUAUUGCUAAACUAACAAGCAUGCACUUUUAUGGAUGGAAGAAAGGAUUAAAAACUGGAAUGUAUUACCUUAGAACAAAGCCAGCUGCUGAUGCAAUUAAGUUCACUGUUGAUCAAACAGCAUUAAAAGAAUCAAAAGCAGCUGAUGAAGAAUAUAAAAACAGUGAUGACAAAUUACUAGCUUCAAAUCUAAUUUCUUGUUCACUCAAUAAUCAAGAAAAUUGUUUGGUUUGUGGCAAAAGUGAUAAAGGAAAUAUCACUGGACAAACAAGUUUAAACUUAUCACACAAUGAAGGAGCCCGACUUGAAAUUAUCGAUAGUAAUAAUGAUCAUAAUCAUAGAAAUAUUAUUUCAAGUUCAAGUUGUAAUGUAAAAAUGCAUUUAAUCAAACUCGAAGAUAUCACUGGAAUUAGACAACAUGAUGAUAGUGAAUUUAAUAAUGAGAAUUUGGCUAGUUUAUUAACCUUCAAAUUUUAUCAUUGA